UAGGAUGCAUGCGUGAAAGUCGAUGGCAUCUUCAGAAGACACCAUUCCCACCCCCUCUAGAAAUUCGAGUAUAAAACAUCCUCAACAUCUGGCAGUCGACACAGUCACACUCGACCCAGUCAUCACAAGCAUCAUGAACUCAUUCAGUGUGGUAUUCGCUUUGGCGUUGGCUGCCGCGGUAGUAGCCGAGCCCCCAUCCGGCUACAGCUACAGCAGGCCCAGCGGCGGCGGCGGUGGCGGCUAUUCCUUGGGGGGUGGACUGUCCGGAGGCGGUGGCGGGUACACGGCGGUCUCGUCCGGCUACCAGACCUCUGAAGGAGCCUCUGUAGACCAUGCUCUUCUCGAACAAGUUCGUCAGAUCCUCCUCAAAGAGGAACAGAACUCCGCCUCUUCCGGUAGCAUCGGUGGCAUUAGCUCUUCCUACGGGGCCCCAUCCUCCCAGUACGGCGUCCCAUCGUCGUCCUACGGAGUUCCCGGUUACCAAACCCGUGUGGUAGGCAUCGACCUGGAAGGCAUCAAGCAAGCCAUCCAGGUUGCCCAGUACCAACAGAUCUCCCACCAGGCUGGCGGUUAUCCCAGUGGACCCAGCAGCAGCUACGGCGCUCCAUCCCGCCCAUCCGGCUCCUACGGGGCUCCCUACUAGGCUCUGAGAGCUAAAAGAACUGAUUUAAGUGUAAAUAACAUCUCAUUCCAUCUCACACGGGUCAUGAUGCAUUUCAACACCAACAACAACAUCAACAACAUCGAGUGAUCAACAUCAACAACACCACGCGUCAAAUUUAUUUUUAUUUUUGUAUAAAGCUUUUUGUAGGUUAUGUUAUAAAAAAUACAUUUGUCACCGUAACC